AUGUAAAAAGAAAAUUAACUUUGUGAUUAAAUUGGUGAAUUUGCUUUUAGUUUGAAUCAAUAACUAUCUAGCUAAUAAAAUUUAAUAUUCUCUCCUACCUCCAUUUAUAUUUCGCUAGCAUUAAUUGCCUAUGGUUCAAAUGAUAAAACUCUUUAAGAGUUUUAAAAUGUGUUAAAGUUUCAAUCUAAAAGCUAGUUAUUAGACAUAAUCCAUAAUGCAUAACAAAUCCUAAUAAAUAAAAAUAAUAUUAAAAUUGCAAACAAUAUCUUAUUAGGAAUUUAAGAUAUUUAAUAAGAAUACUAAAAGUUUAUUUCUUAAAUAGAGAAUUGUUCAAUUGAAACUGUUGAUUUUAAAUAAAACAACAAUGCAAUUAUUGCUAAAAUCAACAAGUAAAUCAGUGAUUUAACUAAUAAUAAAAUACAAAAUAUAUUAACUUAAGAUUUAUUUAAUGAAGAAACUAAAAUGAUCUUGAUCAAUGCAAUUUAUUUUAAGGAUAGUUGGAAAAAGUAGUUUGAAGAACUACAGACAAAAAAACAAAAAUUUUAUACUAAUGACAAUAAAUCAAAGUUAGUAAAAAUGAUGAACAUGUCCCAUAAAUUUAAUUAUUAUGAAAGUGAAAACUAUCAAUUUAUUUCCAUUCCUUAUAAAAAUAAAGAUUAUUAAUUAGUAAUAUUUUUACCAACCAAUCAAAAUAUUCUAGAUUUUGAGAAAUUUUUUACAUUUUCUUCAUUUACUGAAGCUUUGAAUAAUAGUGUUGAAACUAAAGUUAAUUUGACUCUCCCUAAAUUUAAAAUAAAUGGAGAAUAAAAUAACUUAAAUUCAGCUCUAUAGGCUCUAGGUCUCAAAGAGUGCUUCACAAUAAAAGCAGAUUUUAGAGAUAUUUAAUAGUAAAAUUAUAUUAUGCUUUCUCAAGUUGCACAUAUAGGUAAAAUUGAAAUUGAUGAAUUUGGAACUGAAGCUGCAGCUGCAACUACUGUUGUUAUGAGAACAAAAUCAAGAAUGCCUAAACAGUUAGAAGAAAUAGUUAUGACUUGUGAUAAACCAUUCGUAUAUGCUCUCAUUCAUGAGCCAUCAUAAUUAAUAUUAUUUAUGGGAAAAUUAUUAAAGCCAUUUUAAGAUUGA